UGUUACCCAAGUAACGAUUUCGCGUAGAUGUACUUAACUUUAGACACCGAGUCUUAAACUCGAUUGUCGGUGUAGGAAGAUGAAGAUAUAUAGUUUUAGGUGUACACAUUUCGAUGUCUCAUUAGUUUUGCCGUGUUUGUGCUUAGUUCCUACAGGCCUAAAAGAAGUCGCAAAGACUCAGUUUGUCCUGCUCAACCAUUCUUCAUCUUUAUGGUGCCCGGCGGAAGGUGGACCGGCCCCUUGUAUUGUCUGGAGAAUGAAUGGUACUGUUGUACAAAACAGGACUAGUGUGAGACUCCGAAUCAAAGUUGCAGAACAAGAAAGAAAUGCAAAAUACAGCUGCGAGGUGAACGAACAUGGUCAGUUGAAGAGGAUUAACAUUAGUCUUGUUGUCGAGGGAGUGGGAAAGGUUCCGUUCAAGAUCCCUGACCUGCAAAUCAAGCCAGUUUGUAGAACUCAGAUGCAUGCUGAUUACUUCACCCGUGAAUGCCAAGAGGUAAUGAACAUGCAACUUCUUCUUGCCACAUUAUCUCCACUACUAUCAGAAAACAGGUAAAGGGAAUAACUUAACUAAUGGAUGAAAACACUUUACUGAUUUACAAGAAUAUUUAAAGCA